AUGUCGACCAAGGUUGUGGAAGUGAUGACAGGGAUUGCUCGUCCAAGAGCCAACUUUCAUGCAUCUGUUUGGGGAGACUUUUUUCUUAAAUAUACUUCUACUACUGAUUCCAAGGACAAUGAGCUAAAGAACAAAAUUCAUAGUGAAUUGAAAGAAAAAUUGAGGAAAAAAUUGAUAUCCCCACAUUCGAUCGAUACUAGUCUAUCGGAAAAGUUAAACUUUAUUGAUAAUAUUCAACGUCUCGGUGUGAGUUAUCAUUUUGAAAAUGAGAUUGAACAAAUAAUCCAGCGCAUUUAUAUUGAUAAGAAACACAUAAGCCUGACCAAGAAUGAGGACGUUGAUCUUCAUAAUUGUGCUCUUCUCUUUAGGUUACUCAGACAUCAAGGAUAUAAUGUUUCGGCAGUGGAUGUGUUUAAGAAAUUCUUGGACAUCAACGGCGAAUUUAAGACAUCCAUAAAAAAUGACAUGAAAGGGAUGUUAAGUCUGCACGAGGCCACGCAAUUGAGGCUCCCAGGAGAAGACAUUUUGGAGAAAGCCUUGAAUUUCAUUACAAAGAUAUUUGAGAAUAUGUUGUUGCAAGAUCAUCAUGAUAUCAUAGAUCACAAGAAUCCCUACCUUUCUCAACAAGUAACUAAUGCUCUUAAUCAAUCUUUGCAUAAGGGUAUGAUAAGGAUAGAAGCAAGAAAAUACUUCCCCAUCUAUGAGAACUACAACACCCACGAUAACAAAUUGCUAGAAUUUGCAAAACUCGAUUACAACAUAUUGCAAAGAAUGUAUCAAAGAGAACUAGCUGAACUCACUAGGUGGUGGAAGGAUUUAGAUUUUGUGAACAAAUGUCCUUUUGCAAGAGAUCGAUUGGUGGAAGGCUAUUUCUGUACUUUAGCGAUUUACUUUGAGCCUCAAUAUUCAUACAGUAGGAAAAUGGCUACUAAGAUGAUCGCAUUUUUGUCGGUUUUGGAUGAUAUUUAUGAUGCUUAUGGUACAUGGGAAGAACUGGUGAUUUUGACUGAUGCAAUUAAUAGGUAUACUGAAUAUAUGAAGGUUAUGUCGAAUAUAUUUUUGAAAGAGGCGAGUUGGCUUCAUACAAGUUAUAUCCCCACCCUCGAAGAAUAUAUGAAUGUGUCCUUGAUCUCAUCUGGUGCUCGAUUUCUAUCUAUCAAUUUAUUUAUUGGAAUGAAUCCUACUUUGGCAACUAAAGAGGUUUUUGAUUGGGCAUUUGAAGAUCCUCCAAUCUUAAAAGCCAUUGCUAUCAUUAUAAGACUCAUUGAUGACAGUGUGGGAUUCAAGUUUGAACAAGAAAGAGAGCAUGUGGUAUCAGCAGUACAAUGUUACAUGCAUCAACAUGACGUGUCAGAAGAUAUAGCGAUAUCUCAGCUUAAAAUGAAAGUAAUUGAUGCAUGGAAAGUGAUCAACUCUGAGUUAAUUCGACCAACAAAAGUCUCAAGGGCUCUUCUUACCCAUGUGGUUGGUAUUGCCCGAUUUAUGGAAGUAUUGUAUAAAGAAGGAGAUGGAUACACACAUCCUCAAUCCAAGGGAAAAGAGAUUCUUUCCUAUGUGCUUGUUAAUCCGGUCGAUGUGUAA